ACUAUAAUAUAGGUGAAAUGUGAAAAACAUGCCAUCCCCACUCAAUAUGAGCGCCACACCUGUUGAGGAGCCUCCUGCCCAGGAGCCCUUUUCCCAGGAGACAUCUGCCCAGGAAGGAUCCUACGGCAGUGGGCAGACGUUACCCUUUAGACCCCUGCAGCCAAUCUCUGACCCCUCAGCUUCUAAAAGAGUAUGCUUCUACAAAAGCGGUGACUAUAAGUUCAAUGGGCAUCGCAUGGUCAUCAAUGCCCGCACCUUCAAGUCAUUUGAUGCCCUCCUGGACGCUCUGUCAAAAAAAGUGCCUCUGCCAUUUGGAGUGAGGAACAUCACCACGCCUCGUGGGACCACUGUGGUUAAGACUUUAGAUGACUUACAUGACGGGGGAUCGUAUGUGUGUUCUGACCAGAGACGGGUGAAGCCGAUAAACCUGGAAGAAGUGAACCGGCGGCAGGUACCAUGGAAUACCACCAGACCCCCCAGCGCAGGGCGAAAAAGACGACAAGGAUCCAGGCUUGGUCCGUUAAAAAGAAGAAAUGAUGUUGUCACCAACAUUGUCCCAAAGAGGGUGACAGUUCGGACACCAAAGAGGCUUGUGGUCAUCAAAAAUAAGGACCCCAAUGUUAAACGCACAAUCGUGUUGCAGAGAAAAACAGCACCAACAUUCGAUGCUUUACUCGACUACCUCUCCCAGAGCCUGCUGUUCCCAGUGCUGAAACUCUUCUCUACGGAUGGCAGAAGAAUUGAUGGUCUUGCAGGACUUAUCCUGUGCUCUGGAGUUGUUGUAGCAGCAGGCAGUGAGCCAUUCAGAUUGAGAGACUACAGUUCUCAAGGAGCUGGCCAGAUGGCUCAAAUAAUGUACAUUGAUCCUGUGGAGCCGUUGCAGCCCGGAACUGAGAGACAUAUUGUCAACCAGAUAAACAAGUCCAUAAAUGGAAGCACAAGCGGUCCCUUGAAUCAGCACAACCGAUCAUUUGAAACCGAGGUCGAACAUCAUCCCACAUCCAAGGACAAAUGUGGAGCUGGGAUGGCUGAUAAUGACUCUCAUACUCGCAUUGUACCUCAUGAUGAUGACAUUGAAAAGUCUUUCCGUGUCAAUCAAGACGGCAGCAUGACCGUGGAGAUGAAAGUUCGACUGACUAUUAAAGAAGAGGAGAUGCUCCACUGGACUACAACGCUCAGCCGCUCAAGCCUUAGGAAUGGGACAAUUAGUGCCUCGGUAUCUGAGCCGGGCAACAGCUCACCUGACUCAAACAACAUCGUUGCCAAAGGGUCCUCUAGCGUCAGUGAAGGUGAAUCAAAAGAGAAGAACCAUACUUCUAAGAUUGGAAAGGGAGUUGGCUUUAAUGAUGAGCAAGCAUGUGAAGGCUACAAUUCCACGGCUUUUAGAAAAACUGGUUUCAAACGAACUCUUACACCAGGUCCUCUGCGCGUUACGAAGAGAGCGUCUCUUGAGAGUGUAAAGACGGUGACAGAAUCGGGAGUUCGGGAAAACACCAUGGGACAUUAUUCCUACAUAGAGAGGACAGCUGAUGGUGAGACGAGUGAGGAAUACUGCGUUUUAAAACACAGCAGCAGCAGCAGCAACAGGCUAAUUCCAAGAACUAGGCAAACAAAGUCUUCAGAAGCAAGCAGCAAAGGCUCGCCCUCCUCCAUCAGUUCGUCAGGAGUAGCCGAGGUGCUUCAGAUACAGAGUAACGGGAUGGAGGUUACAGAGACUGUGAUGCAUAUUUAUGAGAGUCAACCCUGCUACGACAACUAUUUUGCAAAUGACGAAUAUAGCACAGACGUACCUACUGUCAGUCCUUCACCCACUGAAAUCCACCAAUAUGUGGAGAACUGGUUAGAGAAAGUCAACCCAGACCCUGUGCCAUACACUGAGGAGGAACUCACAGAGCCUCGGGUAAAGGUUGUGUUUCAGAUCGGCGAUGAUUCUGAUUCCGAUGAAAAGAAUGAAUGCCAGGCAAAUCCAGAUGGGGGAAAAGAUGAGGAAGAGGAAGAUGAGGGGGGAAAAGAUGAGGAAGAGGACCACAUCGAAGUGGUUAGUGAGGAAAACAAUGAGGAGGAGGAAGAUGAGGAAGAGGACCACAUCGAAGUGGUUAGUGAGGAAAACAAUGAGGAGGAGGAAGAUGAGGGGGGGAAAGAUAGAUCUCAAGAGACUGUGGAGGAUGGGGAGGAAGAAGCAUGUGAGGAGAGUGAGGAGAGCAGGAACGAGUUAAAAGAAACUAGUCUUGAGGAAGAAUCAGAGGAAGAGAAAGACGUCGUGGAGGAGAUUGAAGAACAUAUAAGAACAGAGCAAAUGCUAGAUGAAGAGGAGAGGGAAGAUGAUGAAGAAAAAGAUAGGAAUGCGGUACAUGAGGGGGUUGAGUUAAUGGAGGAAAAUGCUACUGAUGAAGCAGACAGUAUUGCUGCGGACAGAGAUUGUAAAAACGUACUAGAGGAGGCCUCGUAUUUGCUGUCGCAGAGUAGCUGUGAUGAAGCAAAUGUAGAUUCAAAGGUAACAGAACCUAACACUGGAUCAUCAACCAAACAUUCCUCUGAGGGCCAGUGUGAGGAUAAUAAAGGUAAUGGGACAGACACUGUUCAUGAACUUGAAACCGACGAGGGAGGGGAGCCUCAGGAACACCCAGUGGAGAUAUCACAGGAAUUGCUUGACUUUGUUAACAACGCCCUGCAGUGCUCUUCACUUAAAUUCACGUACGACACUCUGGGGAAAAUCCGGAUAGAGCCAGAUAAUGCUAGAGUAACACAAAAUAAAACUGUUGUUCCAAUAUAUAACAAGGAUCCUUCAUAUGGCUUAAAGCGUCUGCCAUCCCCGACCACCUCCGAUUUGUCCGAUUACAGGCCAGAAUCGUCGGAGAGUGGUGGAUAUAAAACUCAGGAUUCGGUAGAUAUUGUCACAGAGAGCGGAGAAGAGGUUUCUCCAGGAUGCACCCCUGACGGGAGAACACAUGUCAAGGGAGCCAACUCCAACCUUUCUGAUGACAGUAAUAUAGAAGUUUCGCCGAAUUCUCAAAUAAAAAGUGUGGGAAGUUCAUCCUCUGAUUUCUCAGGCAGUAAAAACUCAAAGGAGGAUCUGUCGUAUUUCAGUGCUGGAAGCUCACAGAAGGUGGACGCUGAUAAUGCCGCAGAGAGCAUGUCUUCCACGCCGCAGAAGGACUCACCUGAAGGGGUUUUGAUCGACCAAGGUAGAUGGCUGCUCAAAGAGAAUCACCUCAUCCGAAAAUCUCCUCCAGUCUUGCUGGGAAUGUACGAUCAGUUAGAUAGCACAUCUAUCGACACAGGUGACGAAAAAAAUUGCGAGGAUGUCCCGCCCCAGCAAGACCUUCUUGCAGGCAUUUCCUCAUCAGAGCUCGAGGAGAUGGCGAAGCCUCUAACUCCAAAGUGCACCUACUACAACAUGCCACAUGGAAGCGAUUCUGACCCCUUUUUGCAGAAUUUCAGUGAACAAAGUAGGGGGAAAGAUACAAGCAGUGACAAAGGGAGAGGCUUCAGGGUAUCACCUACAAUUGACACUUCCAGAACCUGGACCAGAAAAAAUGGUAGUCUUUCUUCAUUUGCAUCAGUUGAGUUUAAAUAUCCAGACAGAAAAGUCCAUCCUGAGGGGGAGUCUUCGGCUGGGACAAUGGCAAUACCGACCUCUAGUGGAGGAGGGAAUGUAUUUCAGGCACAGGAAUCCCUUGACAGACUACGAAUGAGAUGUGGCGAAUACUGUCCCAUACUAUAGAACGAAAAAGAAGACAAGAAACUGUGUCAAUGGACCUACAUACUGUAUGUGUGGUGGUUGAAGAGAGUUGUGCCUCUUAUUAGUUAAUGUCAAAAUAACAGUAGCAGCAACUACAAACGUUUUGGGUUAUUGAUUCAGUGCUCCUGACUGUACAUAACUGUAUAAAGUGUUGUUGCAAGUAUUAA